GAGGCACAAUGAGAAGGGGACCCAGGUUGAACUAGGCAUGCGGGAGGAUAUCCAUGACCUUGAGCUCGCCCAUUGGAGAUUGGCUAAAGAGACAUGGAGAACUGAGCGAGGAAACAUGAGGGAGAUAAAGGCGCUGUAUGGAGAAAUAUUUAGGCUGCACAAGUUGUUGGAGGAGAUUGGGGUAGAUAAAGGGGUGAUCAAGCAGCGCUCCACCUCCUCCAUUCUUUGUCCCGUCUCCCCGACACUGCCAGCUCUCCCCUGGUACAAUCUCCACAAGUACCUCACCAAAAGCCAAUCGGAGUGUGACCAGCAUGCCGCCGCCACCCAGAAGAACCCGGCUAAGAAACACUCAAUCUUUCCCCCUCUGGUCACACAGAGCUGCACCUCCCCUGACAAACGGCCUCAUUCUCCGUCCAAGACGCCGCACCCACACGCUUCACACAGAUUUUCUGUCCCAUCCUACCUCCUGGCUCCCGGCCCUCCUGCCCAGCUGAGGCAGACCCAUCCGCAUGUCCACCCCAGGUCCCCAUUGACCGACCAGGCAAAGGUCAAGGAUAAGGUCAAGAGGUCAGAGGUUGCAUCGUCUGAGGAAUUGUCUGAGGAAGUUCAACGGAGAGGCGCAGAAAUUGAGAAUAUGUAUAAAGCGCAGCUGAAAGAGAGGAUGGCCCAAAAGAGAAAGGAAGAGAUUCUGAACAAAAGGAUAAACAACUAUGACAAGAACGAUGACACUGAGGCCUCCUGCUCCUCUGCAGUAGGACAAUCCAAGACCCCUGCCACAGCCCCCGAGCGUCCGGCCAGCCCAGAGGCCACCACAGAUGCCACGCCAGUAGCCGUCCCAAGAGGACACUCAGGGGGCCACCCAGCAGGACCUAGCAGAGGUUGUGAAUGUGCUCAAGAGGCAGUCAUCUGA